UGAUGACUUCUUUCUUCUCGUGAACUUACCUUCAAAAGCGUGAGGAACGUGCAGUCAAAUAGAUGGACAGUUCCUUGGGCGUUUCUUUGUGCUUUAUAAGAACGUGAGGGGUGUUGAUAAGUGUUCGAUUUAAAAUGGAGUUGCUGAUAGUUUUAUCAACAUUUUUAGUGUCUGUUUUGGGCGACUGCAGUCCAGAUGGUGUCAAGUGCUGCCUUACAGAAUUUUUGCCUUUUGUCAGUCCAAAUGGUAUUCAAUUGACGGAACAAAAAGUGUCUGCAGCUUGCACGAUACGAGAUGACACACACAAAUGUUUGUCUGAUUUUGCCGAUCAAUGUGUGUCUCCCGCGAAUGAAGAAUUGGAACAAUCGAUCAACAGAACAAAAGUGUUCCUUUCAGACAUCUGUCGGCCAGAAUCAGAAUUCAAGACAAAUGUCAAACUGUUUGAAGAUUGCUUUCAGAAUGCUUCAAUGAGCUUCAUACAAUGCUACAAUCGCACCCUUCAGCCGGCAGUUGUAUUGAGCGAUGAUGAAUCAAAAUGGAAAGCGGAAUGCUGUGAUUAUAAGGAGCUACGGAAUUGUGCCGUCCAAAGUGUGGAAAAUGUCUGCGGGCAGACAGCUUCUCAAGUUUUGCAGGAUGAAGUUAUGAAAGUGAAUGGGGCAGCUCUGGAAUUAGCGUGUAAGAAUGUGUUCGGCACUUGCAACUCUGCUGUGACGCUGGCGUCAUCUGCUUUCAUGUUACUCAUUGUUUUUUGUAUGAAUUCCCUUUCAAGGUUUUUGUAGUUUUUGUAAUUCACUGAAGUUUUUUAUAUUUGUUAUUAAAAUUGUAUAUUUUUAA